AUGUCGUUGAGCCGCUGCCUCCCAUUGGGCCAGAACGCCCGUGUCGUCAUUAUUCCAGCCAGAUUUGCCCACGCUGCCGCCCCACAGGCCGCUGCUGCUACCGACGAUGCCCCAAACUUCUUCCAAAAGUUGGCACUUCGCUUCCAAGGAGUCCCACUUAAGGGAGAGGCUCACGCACCAAAGUCCAUGUUCGAAGACUGCAACAAGGAAUGGUCCGCCCCAGAGCCACUCCCAGCUAUUCCAAAGGACUUCAAGGAGCACCCAGAUCGCGACUUGGUCAACUACCCAUACCCAGCUAGACCAAUGUACCCACCAAAGUCUCGUCUUCUUAUGAUGCCAGACUCGUGGUUCACUCCAUUCCAAAAAGUCACCGGAGUUUCGGGACCAUACCUUUUCUUUGGAGGACUCUUUGCUUUCCUCGUCAACAAGGAAUUGUGGGUGUUCGAAGAGCAAGGACACAUGACUGUCGGAUGGAUCAUCUUCUACCUCUUGGUCUCCAGAACUGCCGGAUACAAGAUUGACCAGGGAUUGUACCAAGGAUACCAAGAUCGUGUCAACUACUUCAAGGGACUCAUCCAGGAAGAUCUCAAGGACGUCGUAGAGUUCAAGAAGACCUCAGCCGCUCAAACCGAGUCUUUGAGCGCUAUCAAGGAAGCUCUGCCAACCGCCCUCAAGGAGAGCAUGGCCCUUCAACUUGAGGCUACCUACAGAAAGAACGUCCAAACCGUUGCCACCGAAUUGAAGCGUCGUGUUGACUAUUUGAAGGAGACCGAAGAGACCAAGGCUCGCUUCGAGAAAGAGCAACUCCUCAAGCUCAUCAAUGACAGUGUGGAGAAGCAAAUCAACGACCGAUCGUUCAAAGACCAGUAUCUGCAAAACGCCAUUCAACAACUCAAGGGAUUGAAUGUGCAACUCUAA